GGUUUUAAAAAUAAUUAAAUACAACUUAAGAUUACUAUAUAUUGGCAUUUAAAAAUAAAUACAAAUAUAAAUACAAGAUUGGAAAAGACUCAUAGAAAAAACUGCAGUAGUACAAAAAGUCUUUUCGUAUUUUAAGACUCAACAAAUCUUUCUCACAUGUUCAUUUAAACUAUAUCAGCGCACUUUUAGUUCCACAAUCCCAAUUGACAAUUCUUCACUUCAAUCUUAUACUCUCCCGGGUAAUCCAUUCAAUUAUUACUACGCUUUGCUCCACCUGUCCGCCAGCAUUAACAGCAAAAAAAGACACAUUUUACAGUCUUGUGUCGCUCCUAACACUUACGUAUCCCCCCCACCACAUCUCCUACCCUCCAACGUUGCCAUCCUUCCGUUUUUCGAUACCGGUUUAACCGCUUGCGGGACCGAUUAUAUGGAGAAUCGUCGCUUUUUUCUCCUUCCUCCUUCCUUCACAUUUCUUGGACCGGACCGUCCAGACCACCCCUCUGACCCAUCGAUAACAAGAAACAGCGUGAGCGAAAGGGCAACUCAAAGAUCGAGGGUGGUCCACCAAAAGAACGUGAUGUGAUAUUCGACCAUACCAAAUGAGGUGACCAGCAAUUGUGGUGCUGCUUAAAGUAGUGGUGCAUGUGGAGCCGCACCGUCCUGUGCGGCUGCGGAGGGCAGCCUCCGGAGAUGGUCACCCUGAACGUGUACCCGCAGGACUGCUGCAUGCACUUUUCCAUCUACUGCAGACACGAGCAGGUCGCGCUGAUCGGAGGCUUCCCGACUGCCGACGUGCUCGCCAACUGUGCCUUCAGCUCAACGCCAGCUCUUGAUUCCAACUGGCUCGCCCUUGUCAGCGCUCUCGGACUCGAAUUCUGCAGACUCUCCGACAACUGGGCCCUCGUUUUUGAAUCAGUGAAAGCGACAAGCAUCUUUUUCUUCCUGGGCGUUGGAGGAUUCGUGUGCUACAAACUCUAUCACUACUACUGGCCAAAGAAUCCGCCAGAUUCGCCCAAACUUAAUAAGAGGAACAUCUUCUCAGCAACUGGUCACAAACUGAAAAAUCUCUACCAGUCUCGACGAAAGCUUCUCGGCAAUGGAGAGGACGCUUCUUAUGGAUCUAUACAAACCAACUAUUUUGGUCCGAGCACAUCUUGUGAUGACAGCGAUUACGCAGACAGGAGCAAUUCUGUGUCCUUAUCACAGUCAGAGGACGAGAGCUUCUACUCUGAGCCGCACAUUCAAGAGCGGCGAGCGAUGUACAAACGCUCCAGGAGCGGUGGGUUCCGUGGCAUCUGGGGCGGCCGCAAGGGUAGCCAAACGCACACCAGGGAAGUGGCCAACAAAGGCUGGCUCCUUUCUCGCAUUAAAGGCUCAAUGUCCCAAUUUUCCAAACCUACAGUUCAAAAGAAAGGUGCGAGUUGGCCGGUGACCCCUUGCAAGGGUGAGGAUAACCAGCAGCCCAACCUAAAAAAAGCUCGAAGCUACUGGAACUGCAGCGAACGAAUGGCACCUGACGGCGCAGAAAGCAGCGGCCUUGAUGUUGGAUACUCUUACUAUCAGUCGAUGCCAAGAGACUUUACCGUCGACUCUUUCUCCUGCAACUUUGAAAAGCACUGCCAGCCACGCUUCCCCAGAGAGGGCUCUUUUGAUAGCACCUGCUCAGAAUAUAGCAUCGAGUGGAGCGUCAAAGAAACCGAAGAUUCAGCCACAGUUGCUUGUUUGGAGAAACUUCAACAGGAAAUCGACCAGCUAAAAAACAACUGCCUGAUGAUGGAUGAAGACUUUGAGACCAUCAAGUGCAAUCGAAACGUGCCAGGGAUGUCAAGCCUGAUGACCGAAGCUCCGCACCAAGAAUUUGAGCGGCGGGCAUGUUUCACGGGGCUCUACAGCCUCACCUGCAUAAAUAAGAGCAUUUCCUCGGAGUUGUCAGACAUGGCUCUGAUAAACUUCAGUCAGGGAAGUGAGCAGGUGAAGCAACUUGAGUCACCCAUGAUGGCUACGCCAAUGCAUUUCCCCAGGGGAUACUUGCCAAGUCAAGAACAGCAUGUGUCCUUGGGCUCUGCAUUCAGCGAGGAAGACGAGCUAAUGGCUAACCUAGAGUGGGACAACGAAGACUUGGAUCAACCCUUGUUCGACGAGCAGACAGAAGCGCCAGAAAUAUUGAGUUGUGUCGACACCCUUGAGAUGGACUUAGAGGCUGAACUGAGCAACCAGCAGGACAUUGGAAUCAUUUCUUCUGACAAUAAUGACAAUAUCACAGAAAACUUGCUGUUGGCUACCAGUGAGAGCAAAAAGCCAGAGCUUAAACUGCUGAAUUUACAACCACCAAACCUUUUGCAAUGGAGCUCAGAAGAGUCUGGAUUUAUGGAGUGGGACACAGCAUCUGAGACCCAAAGUCACAGAACGCCAAGUGAAACGUCGCUUAUGUCUAGAGGGUGGCUAAGCAGUGCCAAAACCAGCGAGCAAGUGACUCCAGAAUCGGAAGCCUUUUUGACCCCUACUUCAGAACUGCCCACUCCUUCAGAUGCCAACCCCCCCAUGCAAAUGAACAUCUGUGAAAAGGAGCAAAUACUGCAGUAUGCUCUCAGAGAAUGGCACGGAAACACACCAACAGCCCAAAGGAUGCUUAAAGGCUACUCAGAGGUGCCAGGAGUGUUGGGGACGCAAUACAUCCGUCGCAUUCGCGGUGAUAACUACUGUGCUUUGCGAGCAGCCCUCUUUCAAUGCCUUGUGAUGGAUCUGCCUGUGCCAAGCGGUGACGCAACCUUCACUGCCCUCACCAAGGCCAUCAACCAUGGUAGUCCUUGGAUCCAGGAGUGGCAAUUUGCAGGUCGGUUGCCAUACAGAGGCACCGAUGUCCUCCACGGAAUAAAGAAAUGUCUUGAGAGCCUUGAUAAUCUUGCAAAACUAAUGAGUGAGUCUUCGAAUCGAGAAAGCCUCCUGGUGCACAUGCUGAACACGAGUCCAAGUCUGGACCUGCACAUUCUGGAGGCUGUUAAGUUGCACAUGCUGGCAGCUGCCUUGCAGAUCCACAAACACAACGUCACCACAACUGAUGAACUACCGCUUUUCGCCAUUCUUAUGUUUGCUCGGGAUACUUCCGAGACGCCUCAAGACUUCACAAAGAAUCAUCUGCAGGUUGUUGGUGACAGCGGUGGACUAGAGCAGGUGGAAAUGUUUCUGCUGAGCCACACGCUAGGCACCUCCAUCAAAGUGGUUCGGCCAAAUUCCUUUGGCACCGAGGACUUUGUGUGCUGCUUCUCAACAGACGAAAGCACAACAAACAGGCCAACCAUCAUUUUGAUAGCCGAAGACGACCGGCACUACAAUGUGCUGCUCUAACACAAGUCUGCCAAGCGGCUACGCUUAUAAAUCACUAGUUGGAUAUGAUGUAAUUUUAGUGAAGAGCCCCUUCAUUCUUUGUGAUUCCUAAUUCACUGUUGGAAAAGUGCUGAGUUUAUUUUGUUCUGUGACCUCGGCAUUAUUCUUAUUUAUCAUAAAUCUGUGUAGAUUUAUGCGUUGAUAGCAAACAUUCUCCUGCUUUGUAGAUGGUAUUUUUGUGUUAAGUUUUUAAGACCCUACAUAAAUCUGGUCAAAGUGUGAGGAAACAAAAUUAUGUUAUGGCAGUUUGCUUAAAUUAUUUUUAACUUAAAACUGAUGUUCCUUAAACAAAAACAAAAAAGUUAUGCUAAACCUCUAUACAAACUAUGUUCAAACGGUUGAAAGUAUUAACAGCAGGCUCUGAAUAAAAAGCUUUUAACAAAAUACACUUGUAAAGAAGAAAAUGACGUUUUGCAGUGGCGGCUGUUUUUAUUUGUUAAAUUUUGAUAGAGACUUCAAAAAAGUUGAAGUAGGGAUUUGAAACUGAGAUACACCGUCAGAUUUGUGCAAUUACUCAAUUUUAAUGUGAUUUUAUUACUUUUUUUAUUGGCUCAUUUAAAUUAUUCCAAUUUCCAUUCGAGUUAAAUAUAAUUGCGAAAUGUCUACACAGGAUGUAUAAACCACAACACAACCCCUUGAAAUGAGAUGAUUUCGCUGUCCGGAGCUUGGAGGAUCUAAACACGCGUAGACACUAUGUAACUCAUGUGGGAGAAUUAUUGCGUGCAUUGCAAAUUCUGGAAGUGUAUCUCAAUGAAUUAACCCACUAUGUUAAAG